AUGGGUUUCCUAGAGAGAUCUCGGUCCUUACGCCGUAAAGAGACCCCGUUUAUGCGCAAAAAGCAGGAUGACACGCCCACGACACAAGGAAGAGACCUCGAUACCGAAAGAGACGUACAGCGUGCUAUUAAGAGUGCCCAUAGUCACAAAGACUCGACGUGGAAAGGACCUCAGACUGCCUCCACAGAUCUAUCACGACCUCGCACUGCGAGCAAAGCGCCUACGGAUAUAAACUCACAACUACCACCACCUCCCUCGGCACGAAACUUCCCAGACCCGCGCACCUUCAAGCUACCAAAUGGGCCCUCGAGAAGAAUGUCGAUGACUCCAUCGCCACGAACAACCACCCCCGGACUUACCAUCCAUGCUAAUCACUCUACACCGGGUAUUGGUUUUGAGAGCCCACGAAACCCAAAGCGGUCGAUGACUACUCCGAUCAACGCUCUUCCAACCUUGAAUAAGAGAGAGGACAAGGCAGCUGAACCGUCCGCUACGAGCAAAACUGAAGCUGCAUCGGCUGCACCGCGCAAGGAGCCGCAUCUGCGCAAAUCAAAGUCUGGCACGUGGAGGUCGUUCUUCUCCCGAAAACAGUCGAAACCUCCUAUUCCAGACUUCAACCCCGCAGACAUCGCACCUCCUCCAGCACUUCCAAAGGCGUCUUCAAAGGACAAAGAUUCGGCCAAAAGUUCUAUUCACAGCAAGAUAUCCUCGAAGGAUCCUGUACCAGCAGUACCUUCCAAGGAUGGCAAGAAGCUUCAUCGAAAUUCCAUAUCAGUUGACAAGACGCGAGACAUGCAGAAGGCUAGCACCAGAGCACAAUUUACAAAGAGCUUGGGCGACCCAUCUGCAUUACCUCGUCUGAAGUUGGAGAAUCUGUCGGCUCUUGAGCCUCCGCCGUCAAGGUCGUUUGCCCGAAGCCCAAGUGCAGAAUCGACCAUGUCCCAGUACUUUGAUGCCGCGUCGCACACUAGCGGUCCUUCGAUGCCUGCAACUCCCCUCAAGGGCCCAACUCAACGCAGACUCAACGUCAACAUUCCUGCUGUCGAGAUGGAGCGUUACAGCGUUAUGUUCGAAAAGCUCCUCAAACCUCAGGCCUCGCUCAUGGAGAGGCGGCAAACAAUAGUCAAACAGCUAAACCUACCAAACCAGCCUUCUGGAGGACUUGCUCCAGAGUCUCCUGCUUUGCAACGUCGCGCCACAUCACCAAACCUCAGCUGUCGCACUCCCGUGACUGCUGAAAUGAUUGGUGACGGCUCCCAGGUUGCCACACCAGUGCCCAUAUAUCGUGCAUCAAACACACCGCGCCUGUUGCGCUCCCAGACUGCACCUCCGGGAGCACUCACACCUUCACGCCUCGGCUACGAGCAACAGACCAAGGCACCCAGCACGACCAAUAAUUCAUCCGCAUGCUCGACAAACUCACACAUGUGGAGUGAUGCCUCUCAACCGCAGACGCCGGCCUCGGACGCGGAGUCCUUUGUCAGUUUUGAUAUCAACGAUGACGACGAAGACAGUGGUGAUGAUGACGAGCACGAUGAAACUGAAGGAUAUAUUCACGAUGCUGUGGCAAUGCAAGCGACACCCUUAUUCCGAGACCCUCACUGGAGAAAUGACACACCUACAAUGGCCGCUCCUCCGAUUCCUCCUAAAGCAUUAGGACGCCGUAGCCCUCCAGCUUUCGAGCUGGAACAACAAGCAGCCACCAUUAAUCGACCGCAUCCGCCCCGGACAAGUUCGCUUGACGACACUGCCGCUAAGCGCAAGACUCGUACAGGUCCCCAGAUCGGAAUUGCUCGCCAGAUCUCUGUGGUGCGCAGACCUCAGCCUGGCGGUCUUACUGUGCCAUCGCCUGCAAAGGUCAAGUCACCUGCAAUGAUUGACCCAUCUGCGCCAAUGCCAGUUUUCAGCAAACAACCGCUGCGCCCCAAGCUUGUGGAUGUGCGCAAUCGCAAGAGCACUCUGGUCGUGCUUGACGAAGCCUAG